AUGGGAAUAAGAUUUGUGCUAAUGGUGAACAAGCAAGGUCAGACUCGUCUUGCACAAUAUUAUGAAUACCUAAAUCUCGAAGAACGGCGAGCUUUGGAAGGGGAAAUCGUCCGCAAAUGCCUAGCCCGAAACGAGCAGCAGUGUUCAUUUGUUGAGCAUCGGAAUUACAAAGUCAUCUAUAGACGAUAUGCAUCACUAUUUUUCUUGGUUGGAGUGGACAAUGAAGAAGUAAGUUAUAUAUUAUCUACUAUGAUUCUUGAAUUACACUUGCUACACUUGUUUUAUAAUUAUUAUACAUUCCUAUGUUUGCAGAAUGAGCUUGCAAUUUUAGAAUUUAUUCACCUACUGGUCGAGACUAUGGAUCGCCAUUUCGGAAAUGUGUGUGAGCUGGACAUUAUGUUUCAUCUAGAGAAGGCACAUUUUAUGCUGGAGGAAAUGGUAAUGAAUGGUUGUAUUGUAGAGACCAGCAAGUCUAACAUACUCUCUCCAAUCCAGCUAAUGGAGAAAGCAUCAUAG